ACUCCUGCUGCUGCUGCUGCUACUGCUACUACUACUCCUACUACUACUACUACUACUACUCCUUCUAUUUCUAGUACUACUACUAUUUCUAGUACUAUAGCAUUAAAAUUAAAGGCGUGUGAUUCUGGGAUGGAAGAGAUAGCAGGGUCGUGUUACUCCUUUCACAAUACCGUACUGAAAACAGCGUACGAAGCUGAGAUGGAGUGCCCGGUCAUCGGUCCCGGUCGCUAUCUAGCUUCGUUUGCCUCUCAGUCGGAGUUGGAUACAGUCUUUCAGUACUUUGCACCGGGUGGUGGAAGACCAGCACUAGCUAUAUGGGCUACGGACGCUUCUAUUGGAGUACCUUCGAGCGGUAAUGGAUGCGUAGUCAUCGCAUAUGGCUCGGUGCUCCGAAGUGAGGACUGCUCGAUAACACAUAGUUUCUUAUGCGAGGCCGACAUGGCGUGUGAUUCUGGGAUGCACGAGAUAGCAGGGUCAUGUUACUCAUUUGAUAACACCGUAGAGAAGACAGCGUACGAAGCUGAGAUGGAGUGCCCGGUCAUCGGUCCCGGUCGCUAUCUAGCUUCGUUUGGUUCCCAGACGGAGCUUGAUACAGUCUUUCAGUACUUUUCACCGGAUGGUGGAAGACCAGCACUAGCUAUAUGGGCUACGAACGCUUCUAUUGGAGUACCUUCGAGCGAUAACGGAUGCGUAGUCAUCGCCUAUGGCUCCGUGCUUCGAAGUGAGGACUGCUCGAUAACACACAAAUUCUUAUGCGAGACCGACAUGGAGGUAUCCACAACUGUAGUCACCGAAGCCAUGACCACUUUCCAAAUGUCGAGCACUUCAUCAACAUUGAUUGCCCCGACAACUGCAGUGGCUGUAGUUACAAUAGAGCCUCUUACCACUACAAGCCAAUAUACUACCACAUCAUCUACCACACGGGCAACAUCUGUGACCACUACAUCAACUUCCACUGAUCCUACAACACCGGCAACAUCUGUGUCCACGACAUCAACUUCCACUGAUCCUACAACACCGGCAACAUCUGUGACCAAGACAUCAACUUCCACUGAUCCUACAACACCGGCAACAUCUGUGACCACGACAUCAAUUUCCACUAAUCCUACAAAACCGGCAACAUCUGUGACCACGACAUCAACUUCCACUGAUCCUACAACAAUCUUGAGCACCUCUACAAGCUCAAUGACUACAAACCCUCAGACUUCUGUUGUGACUACUGAGAGUCCUCCCACUACGAGCCAACUUAUACCUUACACUCCGACCUUGACGUCAUCUUCCACAGUCACCAGAAACAGAGAGUACUCGUUUACAUUAGCCAGUGCUGGCCGGUCACUGAAGGAACCUAGUUUGAUAAGAACCCUUGACAAGAUUCGAACUCCAUUACACUGCGCGGUCAAGUGCAGCUCAUUGGAGGGGUGUCACGUGUUCACCUACUCAUCAGCCAAUCAGAAGUGUUAUCUAGGGGCUGCAGGGGGUAUGGACAAUUUACAGAAUAACAUGGAAUGUAACACGUACAAAAUGACUAAGCAUAUUUUAUGA